CUCAGAGCGGCGGCGGCGGGGAGCGCUCGGAGCCCGCUCCGUCGGGUCGGGUCGGGCCGGGCCGGGCCGGGCCGGGCCAUGGCGAGCGGCACCGCCGCGCCCCCGGGCUCGGGCUCGGGCUCGGGUUCGGGCUCGGGCUCGGCGCUGCCCUCCCGGCUCCAGGAGACCGAGAAGCUGCUGGCGGCUACCGAAGGGCUCCGAGGCUCCAAAUCCUUCACGGCGGCGCUGGCCGGCGAGGCGGAGCGCAACGGGCACGGGCUCGGCUACAAGUCGGUGUCCGUCGGGCACCUGGACGCGGCCCCGCUGUCGCCGUCGCGGCUCAGCCUGGGCAGAGCCUCCUCCACCGGCACCAGCACGGCGCCGCCCGAGCAGGGCCGCCCGCGGGACUACCUGGUGCUCGCCAUCUUCUCCUGCUUCUGCCCCGUCUGGCCCAUCAACGUGGUGGCCCUCGUCUUCUCCAUCAUGUCGAGGAACAGCGGGCAGCAGGGGGACAUGGACGGAGCGCGGCGCCUCGGCCGCAUGGCCCGCCUGCUCAGCAUUGUCUCCAUCGUCCUGGGGACCAUCAUCAUCGUGCUCUACAUUUCACUCAGCAUCAGAGUUUCCUAGAGGACAUUUUAGCAUGCAAAUACCUCGAAGAGGAGGAAGACAACUCUCCUUUUGGGGUUUUUACUUUCAGCCUCACAACAAAAACUUGUCACAGCGUAGGGGGGCCGCCCUGGAGGAACAUGCGCUUCUGCUCCGCCGCCCCCUGGGAACAAGCCCGGACGAGGGCUGGGACGAAAACAUCACGAGGAGGGAUGGGGAAAAGCUUCGGGUGCCGAGUGGAGAGGAGAAGGGGAAACCCACUACCUCAUUCCCCUCCAGCAAAACUGACGGAGCGGGGAGACAACUCAUGGCGAAGGGCAAGGAGGGAGUUUCAGGAACGAAGCUUAUUUUAAAGAAAACCUAAGGACAGACCAGGACACUUUGAGGAAUCCCCUCUAAGAAUUUUGGCACAAGCGACUGUGUUGUUGGGGGGUUGUUGGUUUUUAAAUCAUUACGUUAUCUGUCUCUACGACAAAAAAAACAAAAGCUCAAACUGCCAUCGGGAGUGGAGAGCUGUUGGGGGCAGGAGGAAAACCGAGCUGCAGAAGGAGCCCAGCUCCGCUCAGGGCAGAUCACAGCCGCAUGAGCUGGAGGGUGUGGGGGUUGCUUUUGUAUUUUUGAUGAAAAAAACAACAACAAAAAAAGAGACAAUGACCAUUUGCAUGCCUUUGGGAAUGCUCUCCACGUCUGUUCCUACAAGCUCUUUUGUCACUUGCAGCAGAUGUCGGAGCCGGCAGAGCAGGACGCUGCCGCAGCAGAACGCCAGGCUCCUCCUCAGCCGGCCCCACAGUGGGGAUUUUAAUGGAAGGAAACAUGCUUUCUCCGUGCAACCACACAUUUCUCUCUCUGGGCACCUGAAGCGAGGUUAAUGCUCGUGGCGCUGAGGAAAGAGCCUGGUUAAUCUGCAGCAGCGGCACCAAGGCACGGAGAGCCCAUGCUAUCCGCUCGAGCAUUUGUCCUGUCCUGUCCAUCAGCCAAAAGCUGCAGCCGAUCCAGACCCCGUUGUCGUCUGUGCUCAUCUCCCCUCACCCCUCUGGGCUUCAGUUGAUGACCUACCAGGAGAUUUUCAGAGGUGCAGAGGGGUUUAGGAUCCCUGCUCCUCUCUUUACCCCUCCCGCAUCUCUGAACAUCUCCAGCAUCCUUGGAGCUGGCUGGGGCUGGUUCCACAAACGGUAUUAUUUUUUAACAUUUUGUAUUUAACGACAUGUAAAGACACUGACUUUUUUUGCUCCUCCUGAUCUGCCUGGGCCCCCCCAUGCCCUGCCAAGUCUUCCACGAUGCGCAGCCCCCUCUGCCGUCCCCAUCCCCACCUCCCACCCGUCCCUGCCGCGGGCUGGCACAGGCUCUGGUACUGUAUUUGCCACCCAGACUAUGCAAGGUCUCACCGCCUGUCAUUGUACCCAGGCUCUGUAGAUGGCUCCUGGCCAUAUCCACUGGCUCCGUGUUAGCUGAGCCUCUUUUUAGCAAAACUUUGCUGGUACAAUUACACAACCGGGAGCUGCACGCCCCGGCCUGUCCUGGGGCAUGAAAUGUUUUCCCCUGCUCCCUGAGUUAAUCUGGAAAAACCUCAGACCAAACCCAGCACGUCCAAGGGCUUUGUCUGCAUGGGGAAUUGCUGCACAGCACAGCAAGGUGUGCCAGGAGAAACCUCCCAGCAUCCUGGCACCCUCGUCCCUUCCAAGCUGGUGAAGCACAAGGGGCACGCAGGGAGGGAGCACGGAGAGCUGUAGGCUGUAAAUCCUCGGUCUGCAGUGCCCCAGGGGCAUGGCUGGGAACAUUCUCCUGUUUGAUUGCUCCUCAUUACAGAGUUUUCUCUGGCUAGAUGUUCUUUGGACCUAGGGCAUAGGGGAGCCAAAUCCCCUGGACACACUGCUAAUGUUUUCCUCUAAGUUCAAAGGGGUUCCAGGGACUCAGAGCAAUAGCAUGUUACUACAGCACUUUCUUGGGCUGCCUCCCCAUCCGCCCCUUUGCCUGUGCUUUAUUAGAAAUUACAAGCUUCUAAAAAUGGACCAAAUUCACUACCUUCCUUUAGCAACUCUGUUUUCUGCCCUUGGUGCUAGGGAAAGCUUUGUGCUCAGCCUGGUGCCGCGUCCAUCAGGGUGCUCCAUGGUUUCUGCUCUAGUCCCCGCUCUCACCAAAAGCCUUCCCUUUGAGACUAAACCGCUCAUCUUAUGGGUGAGCUGUGGAUGCUGCGUCUGUCCAUCAAAUCGCCAAAAAGUUUCCUUCUUAAGCCCUGAACCCGAAUGCUGCUGGCUGGCUGAGGUGCAGCUUUGUCCUGAGCCACUGACAGCCAGCGCUAUGGCAAAGCCAGGAGGGAUCCCCUGAGGACAGGACAGGCCGGCAUCCAGGGAAAAACUACAGCACUUGAGAGCACCAGAUGAAGGAUUUAAAAGCUGUUUUUAUCAUUACAUAAAGCCUUUCCUCUAAAGAGCCCGACCUUCUCUCCUAUGGCUAACGAUGAAGCCCUGCAGCCCCGCACGUGGCGGCUCGGCGUUGUGCUCUGCUAAAGGCACAGAUGGCAAAGUUGCUCCGAGUCACGUGCACGAGCAGCUCAGAAAAGACAACGUUUUGUCUUUCUCCUCAUCAAUAUAAAUAGGAGUGAAUGCAUAACUCCUUUGAAUCUGAUGUUUCCAAAGGGAUCUGUACAACCACACGCUGCAUUUCAGGCCGGGCUGGGAGUCCUGGCGCAGGCAGGGGACGGUGAGUGGCCGCACGGAGCUGGGCUGGAGAAGUCCCUGGCUGGAAAAGUCCCUGUCCAGAGAAGCCAGGAGCAGCAGAGGCACUAAAAUUCAACACCCGAAACACCCACGGUGAUAAUCUUUUGCACGCACCCACAUGGGGUUAGUGCCUUCUGCCCCAGCCUGGAGCACCGGGCUGCUGAGGCGACUGCUUCGCAGCCUGGUAUUACAGAUAAUAAAACCGAAGACACUUCAACUCCUUUCCUUUUUUUAAAUCUUCUUUCUGGUUAGAGCCAAUUGCACUGCUCUGCACUCUUGAAUACACCUUUCUGGGCAUUGUCCUGCACUGAGAUCCAGCUGAAAGCUCUCCAGUCACUCCUGACAUAAAGCAUUUCCUUUCCUUGCAAUCCUGCCCUUGAGUCGCGCCAGAGAAAUAAACUCCUCAGGACCAGCCGGACACGGAGGCUCUUCCCCUGCUCUCCAACAACCUCCUGACGCACUUUGCAGCCUGACCCUUUGUGAAGCUUUUGCCAGGAGGCCCUCGGGAAGCUGCUCCCUGUGGCAUGCAUGGUCUCACCCUCCUGCGCCAAGGAAGAAGCCGAUGGGCCCCAGCCCUUGAUGGCACCUCACACGGGAUUGCGUCACGAGGAGCAAAACCCUGGCAGAAUCCACCCUGAGGCCACUGGGACCCAAGUUUCCUCAUUUGGACUGAACCAGGAAACAAAAACACCACUCAUGAUUUUUUGCCAAUUCAGUGCAAGCACCUUGCUUUGCACGUCCAGGCACCACCGCUCCUCUCCCGAAGUUUGUUUUUAGAGUGUGGAUGGGCGAUCACGAAAAGUAUAUCACAGAAAGGCUUCUCCUCCUCAUCUCCACUCACAAGGCCCAUUGCUUAUGUCACAGCUCAUUGCCACCUGCUGCAGCCUCCCCUAGGCACACACGUCAGCAUCAAGCUUUCUGUUUCCAACUAAAACACGAAAUCCUCAGCAUCUGGCCAGUUUCUCCCCCCAGCAAAGCAGGGAAGAGGCGAGCUCCCCGCGGCAUGGUGGCCACCCAGCCUUACCUGACAGCGCAGUGCGGCUGGUAGGAGGACAGCACGCUGAGGAGAUGGAGAAGCUGGGAAACGCGGCUAUAAGCAAGUCCGAUUAGGAGCUGGGAUCGACAAGUGUGAGGUCCUGGUGGGACAGAACCGUGUGGAUCGGGAAGGAGCCGGCACGCGGAGCUGCGGGACCCCACCGGCACCCAGCCUCUGGGGUGCCUCUCCCCGGGGAAGCCCAGCAGAGCCCCUGUUGGACUGGGGGAUGCUGGAAGGACGUGCUAGGCUGAAGGAGUGAUUUGCAGACAGGCUUAUCGUCCUUCCAGCAGCCGGGAGGAUGCGGAGACCGGUACGGGUCAGCUAGGUUACGGCAACGCGGCGUCCGGCUGGGGAACGCCUGCAGAGGAGACCAGAGGGAUUUUAGCACAAAGGGAGGAAAGCAGCAAAAGAUCUGCUUUUGGUUUGCUGCAUCAGCCAUGCCCUGAGGGCUGGUCCCAUGGCUUUCUCUUCGAAUCCCCCAGCCCUGCACCUUGUUACUGACCACGGCCCAGAACCACAGCCCAGGUCCCACACUCAAGUAAUCGCAGAUUUAAGGUUCAUUUUCUUCCGCGCACAUCCUUUAAUUUUGGCGAAGACAGAUUUGGACUGAAAACCCCCAUGCUUGGGCACAAGCCAAAGGGUGCGGGGGGGAAGCAGCCUUUUCAAAGUGGGAAUAUUUGCAAAGCAUUUGCUAACGCCAGUAGGUAGCAAAACUCCAACCUAUAAAUACCCACGUGGGAUACGAAGCACCAGGAAGGGAAAGUGUGCAGUACCCCAGGGCAGCCCCGAUGCGGGGCCACGCGCUCCCAGACCCUGCACAAUGGUGCCAGGGCAGGAUCCAUGCAUGGCAGCGCCAGGGGCAUUCCCCCCGCUGCUGUAACCACUUCCACGCACAGCCUCAGCCCCUCUGAAGUCCAGCUGGAAAAGUCGGAUCCACAAACAGCACGAACACAGCAGGAAUUUCGGCUGGGCACUUGGGUUUGCUGAUAAGUGUUUCUUUCCCUGCAGGACAAUGCGGUAUACCUGACAUACUUCCUUUGUAUUUCUUGGCAUGAGAAAAAAUUAAAAUGUAACAUGCAUGGUCA